AAGCUCAUUUCAGUCGGUCAUGGGGAUUCGCCACCGAGCGGUCGAAUAACUGCUGCUUCUGCAAAAAUAUGGUGAUUUAUUUAGGUCAUGUGGUCUAGUAUCAAGUUUAGUGUGUAUAUAUUUUGCGCUUCGAUAGCAAUUGCGACAAAAUUUAGAAUACAAAAUUCAAAAGAACGCCGCACAACAAAUUCCUUUGUUUCAUUUUAAUUUUUAUCACGUGAGUCUUUCUCAUUUGAUCUGGAAGAUUCAUCAGGAUCAUCCUUUCAGACUACUGGGCGUCAGAAUAUUGAGUGAGUGUUAAUUUAAUGUUAUUUUGUGUGCCAAUGCGAGUUUUGAUUUCGAAAUAAGUUUUAUUUUAAUUGGCAGAACAUUGAGGAUUCAAUGAAAUAGAGGUACGAAUUCGACGGAAGCAAGAUGGGUGGUAGAUGCAGUCGGCAUUACGAGAUCGAGGACCGGAUCGAUGGCACGACCGUGGUGGUAACCGGUUCGAGCAGUGGCAUCGGAAGAGUCACCGCGAAAGAACUCUACAAAGCCGGCGCUCGUGUAAUCAUGGCCUGCAUAGAAGAAUCUUCGGCGGCAGAGAGGGUGGCUGAAAGUAUCCGAAAAGAAGUCGAGGCCUCCCACCCUCGAUUAAAAGUCGGAGCGUUGGUUGUGAAAAAACUCGAUCUGUCCUCGUUGGAAUCCGUCCGAAAAUUUGCCGACGAUCUCAACGAAUCCGAGGAGAAAAUCAACAUCCUCAUUAAUAAUGCAGGUAUUUUGACACGAGAGCGUCGAGUGACGAAGGAUGGCUUCGAGCUCACAUACAUCACGAACUAUCUGGGUCAUUUCUACCUAACUUGCCUCCUCCUCCCCAAAAUGCUGGGUUCAACUCCGGCCAGAAUUGUCAACGUUGCGUCGAUCGCACAUACAAGCGGACGUAUGCACUGGGACGAUCUAACCUUGGAGAAGAACUUCAGCAUGUUCGGGGCUUACGCACAAAGUAAGCUAGCGGUAGUUUUAAUCACACGUGAACUGGCGUCUCGGCUAGAGGGAACGGGGGUGAAAACUUACUCAUUGCACCCUGGAAUACUACCAACUACAAACAUUUCGAACCAAAUCAAGGAAUCAAGUCGAAGCUGGCGUUAUGUUCUCAAUUUUUUAAGCAUUUUUAUGAUACCACUCUCGAAAACACAAGAACAAGGGGCUGCAACCACUUUAUUCUGCGCCUUGGAUGCAUCCGUCGCUGAGGAAUCAGGGUUUUACUACAAGGACUGUGCCCGAGAAGAAAUGGCAUUGCAAGCUCGCAGCGAGAGGGACGCAAAAAAAUUGUGGGAUGAAUCCUUGAAAAUGGUCGGAUUGCAUGACUUUCACGUCAAGAAAGACCACAAAAUCAACGGCUGAUUUAAAUAUGGACAUAUUUCUGCCAAACGGAACUAUGUGCAUUAUGACGUGAGCCCUGUUAUGCAUAUACUCUUAUGGGUCUCAGGGCUCAUUUCUGAAUGCACAUAGUUCCGUUUGGCAGAAAUGCGUCCAUAUGAUAGCGGCUAAUCUUCCCAUCUGACGCGGAGCUGAGAAUGUUCGGCGACUUGCAAGGACACCGGGAAAUGUGCGGGUUUAAGAAACUCUCGCGACACGCAUGUAUGUUUUAAACGAAAAACAGUGCAUUCAAAUUCAUCGACGAAUCUGUUCGUUUGUUUUCUUUCCAAGUGAAUUCCCACCUGUUAGUGUACUUUCCGAAGGAAAAAUACACUAUUUUUCAAAUUGUGUUUUAAAAAAGUAUUGCUGUACAUACAAUAAAUUUUAAGUGCCAUGGAA